UCUUCAAACUCAAAAGAGUUCUCUUAGUUGGCCUUCCAACCAUUCUACCUGGACUAAACAUCUUCACCUCAUUUCCUGCUUCGUUCUUCAUUUGCAUGGCAACGAUGUCUUCACGUGGCACUGGCUCCUGGACCGCGAAGCAGAACAAAGCCUUUGAAAGGGCUCUGGCUGUGUAUGAUCAGGAAACACCUGAUCGUUGGCAGAAUGUUGCCAAGGCUGUUGGAGACAAGACAGCGGAUGAAGUGAAAAGGCAUUAUGAAAUCCUCGUGGAGGAUGUUAGAAGAAUUGAGAAUGGCAAAGUACCCUUGCCUAUGUACAGAACCACUGGAGGCAGUAGCCGAGUUUCCAUGCAUGAUAACGAGGAGAGGAUGAAAAAUCUUAAGCUGCGGUGAUAAAAGUCAGAUAGUCUAGCAGGCAGCAAAUAAAGACCUUCUCUGGGAUCCGAUUGAUCAGUCGAUGUGCUUCAAGAGUCACUAACCAUGAUUUUAUGUAGCAGUUCCUUAUUUCUGUUAUAUCAUUAUUAUCUGGCAUCUGUUUCUGAGUUAGUUUGUAUUAUCUAAUGGAAUGUUUCAAGUAA